AUGGAUCUUGUAUCUGAUAUGUUUAUAAAUGGUUCGUUUCAAGCUACUUCAUUUAGAUCAUGUUGUCCUCAAAAGGAUACUGGAAUAUAUAUACCAAUGCAAGAUGAACAAUGUCUCUAUCUAAACAUCUUUACAUCAAAAGCGAAAUUCAAUCAAUCACUACUACCAGUUCUUGUUUGGAUUCAUGGUGGUGCUCUACAAGUUAGUUGUUCAUCGCAAAGUAUUCCAUUAUUAUAUAACGGUACAAAUAUUGUUGCUCGUUCACAUCAGCAACCAGUUAUUAUAGUAACAAUUAAUUAUCGAUUGAGUAUAUUGGGUGACAUGUAUUUGAAUGAAUUAACUCAAGAAAACCCAAUAGUAUGGCCAACAGAUGGUAAUUAUUUUUAUCUCGACAUGUUAUCUGCAUUACGUUGGAUCAAUAAAAUAAUUCGUGACUAUGGUGGUAAUUCCCACAAUGUUUUAUUAUUUGGAGAAAGUGCAGGAGCUAAGGCCGCUAUCGAUAUAGCUGCAUUAAGAGGAUCAUUCAAUCUCUAUCGGCAUGUUAUAUCACAAUCAGGUAACGCUGAUAAUUAUCUAUAUUAUACAAAUAUGAGUAAUGCUCUUAAUGCAUCUAAUAAAAUUGUUCAACCAAUGAAGUGCUCAAAUAGAAAUAGUCAACAGAUGCUUGCUUGUUUACGCAAUUGUUCUAUUGAAGACUUAAUCAUUGCUUAUGGUGAUCCAAUUCAAAAUGGAAAAUAUAAUCAAAUUUUAAGUAUAAUCAUGGGUAAUAAUGAUUAUGAAUAUCCUAAGAUGAAUUCAACAGAUGCUAUAUCAGUGUUAAUAUCAUCUAUGGGUCAAAAAUGGGCCGCAAUAGUAGCUGAUUAUUUUCAAUUGAACAAUUGUUCAUCAAAUAUUAAUGCCAUAAAUCGAUGUUGUAAUGUAGUUCGUUUAGUAUUGAUGAACAAACUUUUUGUUUGUAAUGUCCAUCGUAUAUACAAUAAUUUGUAUUCUAAAUAUGGUCCACAAAAAAAAUUAUUUUGGUAUCAUAUCAAUUGUAAUCCAGGGGUAUGCCCUCAGUUAUCAAUAGAGGAAGAUAGUGGCUUAUGUGUGCACGCAAUCAAAAUUCUUUACGUUUUUGGAACUGUCAGCUCGUAUGGUUCAAUAAGUUUACAAAAUUGUACAUGGGAUAAUCAAUCCCACAUAUUUUCCAAUCAAAUCAUUUCACAUUGGAUCCAUGUAGUUACAACAGGAAAACCAUUGGAGCCAUGGUGCAGCUAUGGUCUAUUGACACCAAAAUACUUUUAUAUUACACCCUAUGAGGAUUUUUCAGUCGUAUCAUGGAAUGGAAGUUGUUCAAUCUUUAAUCAAAUUGAGCAAGAAGCAGUAUCUUCAAUGUUUGGAAAUAACAGUCCAUCUUAUUGCAAAAAUUCACAUAUUUAUGGUAUUUUUCAUCAUAUUAUUUUCAAUCUUUACAGCUCACAAUUGAGUUGGAUUAUGGGUAAUACAUCAUCUUCUACUGAUGAAGAUAACAGUUCGACUUUGCCAUGCAGCUCUGGUUCAUCAUUACGACCUAGAAUUCUCAUCGAAGCUGAAUCACUACGAGCUGAAGCACAACAGCUAAUGUUCCAAGCGAAAGCAGCGUCGGAACAAUCUCACAUUGAAUAUCAUUCCGGUUAUAAAUCGGAAGCAAAAAUAUUAUCAAUAAAAAAAACGAAUCUCUACAGACAGAUGAAUGAGAAAAACCAACAAGCCGCUAAAUUAAUUUUUAAACAUUUUAACCAAGAUCGUCCAAAUAAUGUUAUCGAUUUACAUAGUCUUUAUGUUGAAGAAGCAUUGCAAUAUUUGGAAAAAAAAUUAGAUGAAUGCCAUUCAAACAAUAUAUCACAAUUAACAGUUAUUACAGGGAUAGGAAAUAAUUCCCAAGACAAAAUAGCAAAAAUUAAACCAAAAGUGGAAAACUUCGCACGCCAAAAUCACUUGAAAAUGACCCCCUAUGGUGGACAUGUUGUGAUAGAUUUAACAGAAACGAAUCAUCAAGACACGAAUGGAUGUAUAAUUUUGUAG